AUGGCUACAGUGGCGGCGAGCGGAGUGCAGCAAGAGAAUGGCUUCAGCACCGCGAACAGCUCCAGCAGAAUGAACGGCAUUGCAAUCGGUCAGAGCCCCAUUCCCAUGAAGGACCACGACGCCAUCAAGCUGUUCGUGGGUCAAAUCCCACGCAACCUGGAAGAGAAAGACCUCAAGCCGCUCUUUGAGGAAUUCGGCAAGAUCUACGAACUCACCGUGCUCAAAGACAGAUUCACGGGAAUGCAUAAAGGAUGUGCCUUUCUAACUUACUGUGCCAGGGAGUCUGCACUGAAGGCCCAGAGUGCUCUCCAUGAGCAGAAGACUCUGCCUGGGAUGAACCGGCCCAUCCAGGUGAAGCCAGCAGACAGCGAAGGACGGGGAGAAGACCGGAAGCUCUUUGUGGGGAUGUUGGGGAAGCAGCAGAGCGAGGAGGACGUCCGCAGGCUCUUCGAGACGUUUGGCCAGAUUGAGGAGUGCACCGUGCUCCGGGGGCCUGAUGGGGCCAGUAAGGGCUGUGCCUUUGUCAAGUUUUCCAGCCAUGCAGAAGCGCAGGCAGCCAUCAAUAGCCUGCAUGGAGGCCAGACCAUGCCGGGUGCGUCCUCCAGCCUUGUAGUGAAGUUUGCCGACACGGAUAAAGAGCGAACUCUGCGCAGGAUGCACCAGAUGGCAGGACAGCUUGGCAUCUUCAGCCCCAUGACUAUCCAGUUCGGGGCCUAUGGAGCCUACACACACGCUCAGAUGAUGCAGCAGCAGGCAGCAAUCAUGGCAGCCACACAGGGCUCCUAUCUCAACCCCAUGGCGGCCAUCGCAGCCGCUCAGAUGCAGCAAAUGGCAGCUUUCAAUGUCAACGGCCUGGUGGCUGCCCCGAUGACGCCCUCUUCAGGCACCAGCACACCUCCAGGCAUCAGUGCCACAGCAGUGCCCAGCAUCGCUGCUCCAAUCGGGGUUAACGGCUUCAGCGCACUGCCUCCUCAAAGCAAUGGCCAGCCAGCCACUGAACCUAUUUACACCAAUGGAAUCCACCCCUAUCCAGCACAGAGUCCUACAGUGACCGACCCUCUCCAGCAAGCAUACGCCGGCGUGCAACACUAUGCAGCAGCCUAUCCUGCCGCCUAUGCGCCAAUCAGCCAAGCGUUUCCCCAGCAACCGACCAUCAUCCCCCAGCAACAGCGUGAAGGGCCUGAAGGCUGUAACCUGUUUAUCUACCACCUGCCGCAGGAGUUUGGGGACGCUGAGCUCAUGCAGAUGUUUCUGCCCUUUGGCAACGUCAUCUCUGCCAAAGUCUUCGUGGACCGGGCCACCAAUCAGAGCAAGUGUUUCGGCUUUGUCAGCUUUGAUAACCCAUCCAGUGCUCAGGCUGCCAUUCAGGCAAUGAAUGGUUUUCAGAUUGGCAUGAAGAGACUUAAAGUCCAGCUUAAGAGGCCAAAAGAUGCCAAUCGCCCUUAUUGAUUGCACCAACAUCCACAUCCAGGAAGAAGGAUGACAACACCUUAUUUUCACAAGUGCAGUAUAAGUACAAAAGACUUCUUCUCCGCUCUGCCACACGAAAGAAGAGUGGUCCCUUGAUUCUGUGGGAAAACCGUCGAGAGAUGUGAGACUAGAUGAAUGAAGAAACAAGGAGGGAUUUUCUUUUCCGUUUUUUCUUGGCUAAAUAUUUCCUUUUUUAUUUCCUCGCUUUGGCAUCGCAAAACCUGUGGAAGCCGAUUUUUGCAGAGACCAACUUUUUUGCUGCUGUUUUUUUAGACAAGAUGGAGAAAUAUUUAUAGAUACAUUAUGCUCAAAGCAUGCAUACACAGAUAUACAAUCACACAUGCAGUCAAAUACACGUAUCUAUCUCACACACGCGCGCACACACGCAAAACUACAUAAAUUUACAGACACAAACCCUUUGCACUUAGGCUGAUGCAUAAAUGCACUGCAGAAACUUCAUAUUUUGGAUACUGGUUAAUACUAAUAUGUCUAUUUGUAAAUCCAUAUGAUGCUCACACAUGCGCUCACACACACAGACAUGCAUCCACACAGACACACACACACACACACACACACACACUCACACCAGCCUGCUGCCAUUUUGGUUUUCGUGCCUAUACAGGUGUUGUAGUCUGUGCCAGGGAAAGCUCUGGAGAGAUGGAAAAGGAAAUGGUAAUCCAGGAUUAUUUACAUGCAUCAUUCCUUAGAAAAUAGGGACCA